GUCUGGUUUUUAGUUGCAUGGGUCUCGUGUAAGUAGUGCCUUGUGGUAAACGGUCACUAUUAACGUUUAAGCAGGCGUUCGCCAUAAUCUCGCAAAGAACUAUACAAGGGUUAUUCACAUAUAUCAUUAUUACUACGGAGUCGAAAAUUUAAAAAAAAUACGCGAUAGGUGUCAGAAAUGGCCGCGUCAUGGAUACUCUUGUCUACCGUGGCACUAGUUUUCGCAUCAUGUGAAUCUUCGACUGCCACGAGGGCCACAACGACCACCCCAAAGCCGAAAAUAAAAAAUUGUGGAUAUAAGGCAUGUCAAUCGCCAAAAGAAGGAUACAUCAAUGUUCAUAUCGUGCCUCACACUCACGACGACGUCGGUUGGCUGAAAACUGUCGAUCAGUAUUAUUACGGCAGUAGCUCGAAUUACCAGAAAGCGGGCGUGCAAUACAUUCUAGACACCGUCGUCGAUUCCCUCAGGAAAGAUAAAAACAGAAAGUUUAUCUACGUCGAAACCGCCUUCUUUUGGAAAUGGUGGAUCAAGCAGCACGACAUUAUAAAGAGUCGCGUGAGGAAACUCGUCAACUCCGGUCAAUUGGAGUUUAUUGGCGGCGGUUGGAGUAUGAACGAUGAAGCUACUACUCAUUAUCAGUCGAUCAUCGAUCAGAUGACUUGGGGUUUGAGGAAACUAAACGAAUCUUUUGGUGAAUGCGGUCACCCCAAAAUAGGUUGGCAAAUUGACCCGUUCGGUCACAGCAGAGAAAUGGCUUCUAUAUUCGCCCAGCUCGGUUUUGACGGCGUGCUCCUUGGCAGAAUCGAUACGGAUGAGAAGGGAUACCGGAUGCAGACUAAAACGGCCGAAAUGGUGUGGCGAGGCAGCAAUAGUUUAGGGGAAGCCAGCGACAUUUUUACCGGCGUCAUGUACAACACGUACUCGCCGCCCCCAGGGUUUUGCUUUGAUAUUUUAUGUUCCGAUGAGCCUAUUAUCGACGACAGAAAAAGUUUUGAAUAUAACGUAGACCAGAGAGUCGAUGACUUCUUGGAGUAUGCAAAAAACGUCUCGAGUGUGUACGCUACCGACAACAUCAUCAUCACUAUGGGGGAAGACUUCAACUACCAAGACGCCGAGGCAUGGUUUACCAAUUUGGACAAGCUUAUAUACUACACCAAUCUCAGGCAAACGAACGGCUCUAAGUUCAACCUGUUUUACUCGACUCCGUCGUGCUACGUCAAAGCGAUACACGACGAAACCAACGGGAAGAAAGAUUUUCUCCUGAAACAAGACGACUUCUUCCCGUACGCCUCAGACAGACAUUCUUUCUGGACCGGCUACUUCACGUCGAGACCCACGAUCAAAAAAUUCGAAAGGGAAGGUAAUAACUUUCUGCAGGUGUGCAAACAGCUCUACGCGCUGACCGACCUGGGACCCGAAGAUCGCGUCGACCUGAACGUCAUGAGAGAAGCGAUGGGGACGAUGCAGCAUCACGACGCUAUCACCGGAACGGAGAAGCAACACGUGGCUGAAGACUAUGCUAGAAGGCUUCAACGAGGCAUCGACGAUUGCGAAAUAAUCGCAGAUGCAGCUUUGAAUAAACUUAAAACGUCACUAGCAAGAGAAACUCCCAAACUGAAUUUCACCACGUGCCCACUGGUAAACGUAAGUCAGUGCGCGUUCACCGAAACAGAAACGACAUUCGUGGUGACGGUUUACAAUCCGCUGAGCAGGCCGGUUACUAAGUUCUUGCGUCUACCCGUCACUGGACAGGCGUACUCAGUCAAAGAUCCCGAUGGUAACGAUCUCGUUACUCAAAUUAUGCCUAUCGCGGAACCCAUCCUCAAAAUUCCGGGAAGAGAAAGCAAUGCCGUUGUGGAACUCAUCUUCAUGGCGGAAAACAUCGCGCCUCUAGGUUUCAAGUCUUAUUUCGUUCAAAAUGUUAGCGGUGAUCACAAAUUAAAACCAAAACGACUAUCUCAAACGGGAUUCAAGGACUCUGCAGAGUUUACGUUUGACGAAAGUACGGGCCUUCUCGAUGGCAUACUUGUAAACGACAUACUCUUGCCAGUAGACCAGACGUUUAUGCUAUACGAGGGCUACGUGGGAGACAACGAAAAACCCGAGAAUCGUUCUUCUGGUGCUUACAUCUUCAGACCUACGACGAACUAUUCGCAAAAAGUCUCGAGCGCUGUUGAUUAUCAGGUCUUUACGGGUGAACUGGUAUCCGAAAUUCAUCAAACUUUCAACGAAUGGAUCAGUCAAGUGAUUAGGGUCAACGCCCGGGACAAAUACGUCGAGUUUGAUUGGCUGGUGGGACCGAUACCCACGGACGAACCCAACGGUAAAGAAGUGAUAACGACGUUCCAAACUCAAAUACCAACCGAGGAAUUCUUCUACACCGACUCUAAUGCGAGAGAGAUGCUGCGCAGAAAGCGAAACUUUAGACCCACAUGGGAUGUUACGUUGGAAGAACCGGUAUCGGGAAACUAUUAUCCGGUAACGUCGAAAAUUGCUAUCAGGAAUGAUAGCACGAAUGUGGAGUUUGCCGUUCUUACCGACAGAGCGCAAGGAGGAAGCAGUUUGUUGGACGGCCAAAUCGAGCUGAUGGUACAUCGUCGUUGCUUGCAUGACGACGCGUUUGGGGUGGGGGAGGCUUUGAACGAAACUGCUUUCGGAAAGGGGUUGGUGGCCAGGGGAUCGCAUUAUGUAACAGUAGGAAAUAUUUCGUCUUCAGAAAAAACUAUUAGGGCUAUCGAGAAGGAUAUAGCCCAACGGAAGUUGCUAGACAGUUGGGUAUUUUUGUCGUCUCCGAGCGGGCUAACGUACGAGGAAUAUAAGCAGAAUUAUGUGACUCAAUACUCUGGGCUGAAGCAGGCUCUACCGGAUAACGUCCAAAUACUGACUUUGGAACCAUGGCAAGGAUUUACGUUCCUGCUGAGGCUCGAACACGUGUUUGAAAUAGGCGAGGAUCCACUACUGUCUAAACCAGUCACCGUCAAACUGAAGGACCUCUUCACUGCAUUCGAAAUAACGUCUCUCUGGGAAACGACACUGGGCGCUAACGAAUGGUUAAAAGAUAAUGAACGUUUGAAGUUUAAGACGAACGGCACCAUGGAAGAAUUAAUAUCCUGUGAAUACUACAAUUUCAACGAUAACGAGACGUUUACGCGAAAUUUGAUGCACGAGACGGGGGCGUAUGGGAAAAUGGAGAGGAAAAGGGAAGUUGUAAUAUACGCGGACGAUUACACGGAAGACUUUGAGGUGGUUUUGGCUCCGAUGCAAAUUCGUACCUUUAUAAUUGAUAUAAAAAAACACUAAAUUUAUAACAAGUGGUUUGUAAUAUAACAAAAAUAAACGAAUUUUCGUUUAUUCUUUUAGGAAGGUUUAAUAAAUAUAGUUUUAGAAA